AUGCAGAUCCUGAUGAGAGUGCCCUCUCUUCCGGAGCGGAGCGAGUUGGACUGUAACAUCUGCUACCGGCCCUUCAACCUGGACAGCCGCGCGCCCCGCCGCCUGCCCGGCACGGCGCGCGCCCGCUGCGGCCACACGCUCUGUACUGCCUGCCUGCGCGAGCUGGCGGCUCGCGGCGAUGGCGGCGGGGCGGCCGCGCGCGUGGUGCGCCUGCGCCGCGUCGUCACGUGCCCCUUCUGCCGCGCGCCCACCCCGCUCCCGCGUGGCGGCAUCGCGGACGUGGCUCUCGACUCGGCCUUGUGGUCACGACUGGAGGAAAAAGCACGAGCCGAGCGCGACCGAGAUGGUGAGGCGGCGAGCCAGGCCAAGGAAGGCGGCGACGCGGACGGCGAGGCCGAUGGCGAGGAAGAGGGGUGCGAAGAGGGGGCGGGGCCGCGGAGCGCGGGCUGGCGCGUGCUGCGCAGGCUCUGGGGCCGCGUCCUGGCGCCCUCGCGCAGUUGGCGGCGUCCGCUGCCUAGCAACGUGCUCUACUGCCCAGAAAUCAAAGACAUCGCCCAGGUGACCCGUUGCACGCUGUAACCGAGGAACUGAGAGCUGUAGCAUAUGGAAGAAGAUGGAAGCUGCGGCCUUGGGAGGGUUUAGUACAAGAGGUGAUGUCAGCACUAC